UCAUGACGUCGUUUCGGAGUUCAAAGCAACGAAAUGAGAGGAAGCCUCGAGAUGGAGGCAGGGGGUGAUUUAAUGCAAAAAAUAGCAAAUUAACGCGCAAUUUGGAGACAGUUGACAUUUUAUUUUCAGAAAGAGACUGCAACAGUCUCCACAAGGAAGAAUCGUGUGUUAAAUAUAAGUAUAUAGACUCGGUCAGCACUGGAUAUUUUUGGUGAGUUUCUCAAGUAUUGACCGGGCGCCAUUUAAACACGCUGUGCGGGAGACAGGAAAGAAAUAACCGCUCUCAAAGCCAGCACACAAUUAUCUGCUUCAGUGGACAGAUCCUGCUCUCAAAUAAACGCUUAUUUUUAAGGAGAUUCUAUGCUCAUUCUGGUAGACGGUGGAAAUGUGCCCUGUUUGUGAGGGCCUGUGGUAGCGUCAGGUAUUGUUUGUUAGCUGGCUAACUGCUAACAGACCUCGAACUGAAGAGAGACAUUUACGACCUCGAGCAAGAGAUUACAGGUGUUACAAAACUGUCAACAUGGCAACAGAUAUCGGCUCACCUCCCCGGUUCUUCCAUAUGCCUCGGUUCCAGCACCAGGCACCUCGUCAGCUGUUCUACAAGAGGCCGGACUUUGCCCAGCAGCAGGCCAUGCAGCAGCUCACUUUUGAUGGCAAGCGCAUGAGGAAAGCUGUCAACCGCAAGACCAUUGAUUAUAAUCCAUCUGUCAUCAGAUAUCUUGAGAAUCGAUUGUGGCAGCGAGAUCAUCGAGAUUUCCGUGCUAUUCAACCAGAUGCUGGCUGCUACAAUGACCUCGUUCCUCCAGUUGGUAUGCUUAGUAACCCUAUGAAUGCUGUUACGACAAAGUUUGUCAGAACCUCCACCAACAAAGUCAAAUGCCCUGUGUUUGUUGUUCGAUGGACUCCUGAAGGCAGGCGACUUGUAACUGGUGCCUCCAGCGGGGAGUUUACUUUAUGGAACGGGCUCACAUUUAACUUUGAGACAAUUCUGCAGGCUCAUGACAGCCCUGUCAGGGCAAUGACCUGGUCUCACAAUGACAUGUGGAUGUUGACUGCCGACCAUGGAGGUUACGUGAAGUACUGGCAGUCCAACAUGAAUAACGUCAAGAUGUUCCAGGCUCACAAGGAGGCGAUUAGAGAGGCCAGUUUCUCUCCUACGGAUAAUAAAUUUGCCACUUGCUCUGAUGAUGGAACUGUACGCAUCUGGGACUUUCUGCGCUGUCAUGAGGAAAGAAUUCUGAGAGGUCAUGGAGCAGAUGUGAAGUGUGUUGAUUGGCAUCCCACAAAGGGCUUGGUGGUGUCCGGCAGCAAAGACAGCCAGCAACCUAUCAAAUUUUGGGACCCAAAGACUGGACAAAGUUUGGCAACACUACAUGCGCAUAAAAACACAGUUAUGGAGGUGAAGUGGAACCUCAAUGGCAACUGGCUGUUGACAGCGUCACGUGACCAUUUAUGCAAACUGUUUGACAUCCGCAAUCUCAAAGAGGAGCUACAGGUUUUUAGAGGACACAAGAAAGAAGCCACAGCUGUAGCCUGGCACCCAGUUCAUGAAGGCCUGUUUGCCAGUGGAGGUUCUGAUGGAUCGCUGCUAUUUUGGCAUGCAGGUGUGGAGAAAGAAGUGGGAGGAAUGGAGAUGGCUCAUGAAGGAAUGAUCUGGAGUUUAGCCUGGCAUCCACUGGGCCACAUCUUGUGUUCUGGGUCUAAUGACCACACCAGCAAAUUUUGGACAAGGAAUCGGCCAGGGGACAAGAUGCGGGACAGAUACAACCUGAACUUGUUGCCUGGAAUGUCAGAAGAUGGGAUGGAAUAUGAUGACAUAGAGACCAAUAGUGUUGCCGCCAUUCCUGGCAUGGGGAUCCCAGAACAACUGAAGGCUGCUAUGGAACAAGAACAAACUGGAAAAGAGAUGGCAGCAGAGCCUGAGAUGAGCAUCCCAGGGCUGGACUGGGGAAUGGAAGAGGUCAUGCUGAAGGACCAAAAAAAGCCCCCGACUAAAAAAGUUCCUUAUGCAAAACCCAUUCCAGCUCAGUUUCAACAGGCCUGGGCAGAGAAUAAGGUUCCAGCAAUGCCUCCUGGAGAGGUUCCAAAGGAAAGGAAGGAUGAGAAGAAAGUAGAUGGCAAGAAGAAGACGCAAGCAGAGAUUGAGCAGGAAAUGGCUGCCCUUCAGUAUACAAACCCAAUGUUGCUCGAGCAACUAAAGAUUGAGCGAAUGGCACAAUUACAAGAACAGGGAAUGCCUCCCCCUGCUGGACAGUCAGGGCCAGUGCCGCCCUUUCCAGGGCAGGGUGGUCCGAUGCCCCCUCCAACACAAGGCUUCCCUCAAUCCAUGCCUCCACAACAAAUGCCGCACAACAUGCCUCCAGUGGGACCAGGUGGAAUACCUGGUCCAUUCAUACCUCCAGGCCAAAUGGGUCCACCCGGACCUAUGCACCAGGGUCCUCCUCCACAGGGCAUGAUGGGACCUCCAGACAUGCAUGGACCUCCACGUCAUCCUGGCCCUCACAGGAACAUGGGACCCCAGGGUCCUCCUGGCAUGCCACCUGGUCCCAGAGGUAUGCAAGGACCUCCCCCUGGAGGAAUGCCCCCAGGUUCUGGUGGACCUCCAGGCAAUAUGAUGGGACCACCACCACGAGGACAGGGGCCGCCACAGGGAGGUAUGAUGCAUCAGGACAUGAGGGGGCCUGUGCCUCAUGGAAACAUGAUAGGCCAUCAGGGACCUAUGCCAGGGAGUAUGAUGGGGCCUCCACCCAGGACUCAUAGCAAUAUGCAGGGCAUGGGAAAUAUGCAUGGGAUGGGGCCUCCUCCAGGGGGUAUGCAUGGACCACCAAACAGCAUGCAAGGACCUCCAGGCAAUAUGCAGGGCCUUCCACCAUAUUUGCAAGGCAAACCACCACACCUGGGUGAUGGAAACCGAGGACAGUUCAACCAGGGACAGAAUCCUGGGCCUCAGUCAAUGAUGCAUGGAAUGGGACAGCAGGGUCCUAAUGGGAAAGGAGAUGCUCCUCGAGGACCACCUAACCACCACAUGGGACCCCCACCAGAGCGACAAGGCCCAGGAGGACCUGGUCAGGGCUCAGAUGGAGGCCAGUACUGGGGUGAUGAUGGGGGUUAUCAAGAGGGCUGGAGAAGAGGCCCUGGGGGUCCAGGACAGGAAUACUCUGGAGGUCACAGAGGAAGCUCUGGAAGCCAAUGGGAGGGCCAGGAAAGGUUUUCUUCGCAUGAUGGAGAGUACAUGGGACACGACAGGUAUGAUGGUUAUGAGGGUUCUGGUGAGGAAUUUGACCAGAGGCAGAGACGGCCACCACAUGGAGAUGAUUCAUACCGGAGGGGUGGCCCAAGUGGACGUGGUGGAAUUGGGGGCUUCCAAGAUGAGUAUGGCGGAGAUGAGAGCUUUGAUUCCCAAGAAGACAUGGGCCAAGGAUGGGGAGGUAGAGGAAGACCGCGUGGUGGGCCACCAAGAGGAGGUGGUGUAGGAAGAAAGGGGCUUCUCCCAACUCCUGAUGAUUAUCCCUCUCACUAUGAAGGAGGAAGAAACCAGGAGGGCUGGGAGGGAGGGCGAGAUUCAGGUCAUGAGAGUUAUCGGGAUGGUCAGCGGCCAGACCACAGUAUGCAUGACAGUCCUUCUCCAGCCAGUAGAGAGCGUUCUUCCUCUCUACAGGGAAUGGAUAUGGCCUCGCUGCCACCACGCAAACGGCCAUGGCAUGACGGACCAGGCACUGGUGACAUGGACUCCCCUGGUGCAGUGCCUGAUGACAGAGGCGCAGGUCGACCGUCACCAAGAGACGAAGGUGGGUAUGGGCCUCCAUCACGGGGAGGAAGAGGUGGUUGGGGACGUGGUGGGCCACCUAACCCAAGUGGUCCUGGUCCCAAUGUGGGUCCAAAUGCCAGACGAGGGGCUCAACGCGGCGUUAUGCGAGGAGGUCGCGGGCGGUAGUAAUAGUACCGCCUGCUUCUCUGGGCACAAGGAGGCAAAACCACAAUGAGUACAGGGGACAACAAAGAACCACACAUGGCUACAAUAUCAGCUUCCUUGAGGGUCUGAACAAUUAUGCAGGCUUGGACAUGUGUCUGGAAGCACUUCAGUAUAAAUCAGCGUGGAACCCUAAUUGGUGGCUAAGGCUUAGCUUUUUCUCUAUGAUGUAUCAGAUGGAAGGUGGUGGGUACCAGUUAUCCAGGGCCAAAUGUUUUGGCUUAUGAUGCCUCUUGCCACCUGCUUGUUGUACUCGUGAUACAUGGGAUUUGUUCUAACCUUACGUCAGUGGUGAGAAUAAUAACUGGGGGCACAUCAUGGUAUGACAGGAAACAUCUCUUGUAAUGGACUUAUGUUUGUGGUCCAGGAAACUUGAUGCAUGGUACAACUCUCUGUAGAUGCUUAAGAGAUGUCCCUUCCUUGCACUGAGCAGCUGACCUGCUUUGUGAAUCACUUGGACAAUGGCAACUGAAUUUGUACCAGCACCUGAACCCCCUCUGUCUUUUCUUUUUUUUUUGACCUAAAUGAUUCUGAUGUAUAAAACACAUUGUGUACCAUUGAAUUCCUCAGUCAGAUUCGGUCAUUCAGCAAAUGCAAGUCAGUCUAGGUAAAUAGCUGUAGGCAUCAUCGUGUCUAUUACUAGAGAAAAAUGGUCUUUUGACUGUUUCGUUCCCCCAGUGACUCAGCGCUGUUUAAUUUUUUUUUUUUUUUUUGUAAAAUAAUGGAGAUAAUCUUUCUGUAACUUUACCAGGCUACUCUGAGAGACGACGCUGCAGACUUUGUUCCUAUGUGUACAGUUUGUCACAAAAUUGUCAUAUUGUUGUCUUUUUUUGUAUGAAACCAUAAUAGAAUGUGCAAAAUUUAUGUAAACUCUCUGCUCUUGUCAUUACUUUAGUUUCACGCACUCCUUUGUGAUUUUUCUUACACUGAUUAUGAGGUGGGAGUAUCUUUUGGAGAUCUAUGUUCCCUACAGAAGUGUAGUCACAAGACUGAGAUCCUUUAUUGGUCACAUUAUCUUCUUGUGAAUUUGCAAGUCAGUUCACAAAACUUAAAUUUUCAUAUGAACUUUGCAUGAGCUUACAGUUCCAGUCUGCCACAAUUGCAUGGGUAUGAUUGGAAGUCAAUGGAGCAAAAAGUCUAGCUUGACUGUUCGUUAGGUUCAUCCCACCUUUACACACAUGUAUUUUUUUUUUAGCCUUGAUUGAUUCAGGUAUGUUGUUUAGAGUUCAGUCUAAACUUGGCAGGAAGGUAGGAUCACCAGAACAGAGCAGCACUGCUUUGACACUGUCUUUGACAUAAAGCGACAAUAAAUCUCUCAAGCUAUCUCUUCCAUAGUUUUUGUUCUAACCAACCACGGAGAACAACACAAAUUUUUGGUUUUUAUUUCACAUUGGGUAGCUCUGCCCACUCAAAUCUUUUUCAUGAAAAAACAAUUUUAUCUGGCAAAGCAUCAUGAAAGUCAUAAAUAGAAGGUAUGCUUUUUACAUUCUUCAUUUGCAGUGGUUGCAUGUGUGGAAGACUGCGCAAACGGGGAAACUCGUUUUGAUUGGCUGUUUUACAUCAUACCCCAUUUUUGCAUUUGGUGUGAACAGACAAAUUUCUUGUAGCUGGAAUCUUUUUGUUUCGGGCCUGGUUACGACAUGGUGCAAAACUACACUUUUUCAGUUGUUAAUUCUAUUUGGGUUCUAUUUUGUGCAGUAUCAUGCCUGGUAACCUGCUCACACUGAUAUCUGAUUUGACCGGAGAAAUAUUACUCAUGAAUCAUCAAAUAGAAUGACAAAGGAAGAAACAUCUCUCAAUUUUCAAAAGGAAAACCAUUACAAUUGCUUGCUGUCUGGAGAGCCAUCAUGGAAGUCAUGAAAAUACAAGGUGUUUUACACAAUACAAUACAAAGCAUACAAACAAAGAACUCAAUCACCCUGUUCUGAAUGUCUCAGUUUUUUCUUUUUUCCCCUUGUUGACUGACACAUUACUCACCAAAAAAAGGUCCAUUGUCAAUAGUGUAUCAAUGAAUGAGAAACCGCUCACACACAUAAGUCACUUUCAAACCAAUUAGCUUUCUGUUGGUAAACGUCUGCCCGCACCUUAAUAACAUAAUAAAUUUCAGUUGGUUUUCAGAUUUUUUUUUUCUUUCCCAAAUAGAGGGAAAUAAUAUUAGCGGUUCUUAAGGUCCAGUCACAUUUACCAUUCCCCAGUGAAAUUUCACAAGCAAAAUCCAGUUAUUUCAAAAGGAAUUAUUCAAGCAAUUUGUUUUGUGUGAGGGUGGAAAAGUUCCUCAUCCUUAUUUCGCUCGUUCAAGCUGUUCACACGAAUUUGCCGCAUUCUAAUGUGACCACAUCUUUACUCUCCCUUACGUAAAACGCCUGAGUCAACUCAUCAGCUCAGUAAAAAUUGAUGCUUCUUCAUUUCCUCGCUCUUCCGUCCUCCAGCCUGAGACCCGGAAACUGAUCAAAGUUAGCCAUCUUGAAGGACAUCUCAAUUCUCUAAUUGCACUGCGAGGAAUGAGGAGUGAGAAAGCUUCCUGAGGAGCUAUAAGCGAGGAUACACAGGUGUAUCCUAUUUGGAAGUCUUUCUUGUCAAGAAACCUGACUCACGUUCUCCUCCCCCUUCACGUCUUUCACAAUUUUAAUUUAUGCUUUACCUUUGCAGUUCAAAUAAACCAUAUAUCUCACAUAUUUCAAAAGGGCAUUAUUAUGAAUUUCUUAAAUAACCAAAGUUCAACAACAUAAGGGCAAAUCCUCGAACGCAGCUGAUGACACUUUGAAGUGACGCUUGAGUGAUCUGCGUACAUUCCAAUACACAAAUAACAUUUUCUUCGAUUCCUCCAUCCUCGUUUUCCUUGCAUCCUUCACUCACAUCCUACAGGGGGUGGAGCUGAGACGCGAGGGCAGGAAACGUGGAUGCACGAAUAAGAAUUGAGAAGCACCCUAUGUAUCCAACAUGUGCAGCACUCAAAGACCAGGAAAGAGAACCACUACUAUACAUUUUUGUCAACUGAUCUGUCCUUAAAUAAAUGGCCUAUCUUACUUCAGAUCCCAGGUGAAAAAAAAGUACACUUCUAUAAUGUACUUAAAGUGCUCUAUUUUCGCGCACUAAUUUUGUACUUAAGUACUAAAGAAGAAUUUUUAGUAUAUUAAGAUAAUCUUAAGAACAUCUAAGUGUGCUCAACUGUGCUAUUUUGAGACGCCAUGAAAUAUGAACUAAAAUAUGCUUUUAAUAUAAUAUCUCUGUAUUUAAAAAAUAUAUUUAGUUACCACUUGUAGUACACUAUGGGUUUAAAUGGUUAUAAGUGGUAUCUAAAUACAUUUUUUAAAUAAAGAGAUAGUAUGUUAAAAGCACAUUUUAAUUCAUAUUUCAUGGUGUCUCAAAAUAGCACAGUUGAGUACACUUAUAUGUUCUUAAGAUUACCUUAAGAAGUAAGAAGAAUUUUUAGUAUAUUAAGUACAAAAUUAGUGCACGAAAAUAGAGCACUUUAAGUACAUUAUAGAAAUUUACUUUUUUUUUUUUUCACCUGGGGACCUAAGGGCACGAUGUAGAGAACACAGAAUAAGAUGUUCAUUAAGUUUAUUUAUAAAGUUAAGUUUCAAAAGCAGUUCAGAAAGUUAAAAGGCAAGUAAUAUAAUGUUUUGGUCAUAUAUAUGGUCCUUGUCACGAUGAAAAUUACAAAAUGUCAUCAUUUCUAUAAAAAAAAAAAAAAAAAAAAAAAAAAAAUAA